CCACAAAUGGGCGGACUGGAUCAGAGAACUGUAACUGGGGCUGAGUCCCUGCUUGCUUUUUAACCAGCAUGCAAACUCCUCUGAGACGUUAGUUGGCGGGGUAUACGUAACACCGAAGAUUAAUCGGUCAACAAAACACUGCCGUUGGUUACGAAGCUGGGUGUUGGUACACAGCAGGGCAGGGUGCUGUGUAUUGCAUUCUAUACGGGUGUUCCCUAAGCAGCUGCAGUGCGUGUCAGCUGGAUGGGGUCCAACUCAAAACACUCAAACGAUUCCAGCAGUUGGAAGGAAGUUCGACUUGAUGAAUGCAGUCUAUUAGGAGAUGGAGCACUUCUCUUUGCCAGCGCUGUCCCGCGUCGUCAUAAGCGGCGGUACGCACGGCAAUGAGAUGACGGGAGUGUACGUGGUGCGAGAGAUGGCAAAAAAUAAGGUUGACAAGAUCGGCUCCGCCUCUCGAACGACAGUCCUCUCCAACCCGGAGGCUGUUAAAGUGUGUCGACGGUACAUCGACAAAGAUCUCAAUCGUUGCUUCACAGAUGCUUUGCUGAGUGCAACUCUAACGCCCUCCUCGCCGUACGAGAUAAAGCGAGCUCACGAGCUGAACGCUCUGUUCGGCCCCAAAGGAAGCCCACAAGCCGUGGACAUCCUGUGUGACAUCCACAACACCACCGCCAACAUGGGCAUGUGCUUCAUCUUUUAUCGCUUUGACUGGAUCACUCUACACAUUUUUAAAUACAUACAGAGUAAAGCAUCAUUUGGGCCUGUGAGAGCAAUCCAGUUCGACACGCCGCUUCCGGAGGCUUACUCACUCGAAGCUGUGGCCAAACAUGGAUUCACCUUGGAGGUCGGACCUCAACCCACCGGCGUGAUCAGAGCGGACAUUUACAACAUGGUGAUGGAAGCGCUCGACCUUAUCAUGGAUUGGCUUGAAAAAUUCAAUUCUGGACGUACGUUCGAGGGUGGUGAAGUGGAGGCCUUUUGUAAGACCAACGCCCUCGACUACCCGAGAGAUCCGACCACUGAUGACAUCACCGCCGCCGUUCAUCCCCAGCUGCAGGACAACGACUUCAAGCUUCUCCGUCCCGGGGAUCCCAUUUUCCAGUCGUUUAACGGGGAGACGGUCAAGUACGAGGGAGAGGAGGCCUACCCUUUCUUUGUGAACGAAUGUGCCUACUACGAGAAGAAGAUUGCCUUCCAGUUAGCUCGCAAGAUCAGUAUCAGCCUCCCGUCCAUCAGCGUGACGAAGGACUGAGAACCCAUCGGAGCGGGCGAUUUCAAAUCGAAAAGGAAGACAACAUUUUCAUUGAUCAGGCGUGAUUGAAGAAUUUGUAAUUACGCUUCCCCCGGAGAAACAGAAGAAACUGGGCCAACUGCUUAGCUGAUCUAGCAACUAUAUCGCAGUUACAAGCUCUUCUCGUUUAUUGCGUUGUGUGAACGACUUGGGCGACACUGAAAUGUCUACAACCCGGUGAUCACAACCAAUUGCGCCUAUAUUUGUGCAUGGCAAGAGUGCGAGCUGCAGGUCGUGUUCUCAUGAACUAUUGUUUGGCUUCUCGUCAAAUAGAGUACACUUGCGACCGCAAAUAUUGAACAGGUUUAACAUGAACGACUGGCGGCGGGGGAUGGGGCGAAUCCCUUUCAGUCCAAGCCCAAGUUCAAAAUGUUGCUUUGCAAUAAUAUUCUGCCGCCGGUCAUCGAAACACAGCAUUUUGAUUAAUAGUGAGUAGGAUGAAUAAGAAUCAAGCAGAUGAAUCCACCCGUUUUUAUCCACAGCAACGUUGACAUUGGCUGCUGUCAGCUGAAAUUGAUGUCAGCGUGCCCUUGGGCUCGAAUCGCAUGCUCAACUGCUCUCUCGGUUUGGUCACGUGAUAUUCACAAUGCGAGCCCGAAGGCACUUUGACACCAAUUUUAGCCGACAGCAGAAGGUUGUAGAAUGUCAUUUCUGACGUGUCUUUUUCAUAAAGGUGCCAGUUUCAUUCUUUUUUUUUUUUUAAACUGCAAUUAAAUACACCAAAAGGCUGCUCGUUUUCUGCUUUAUGAUUGUUAAGCUGUCGUGAGUGAUUGCUUAAUGAUUUUUCCACUCACCAAUGAGCCUUUUAAUGCCUGAAACUUGAACCAACACGCCGUGUACUAAGGUGCUAGAUGCUGUUUUAAUUCCAGUGAAAACUGAUUUUUUUUUAAACUGAAGGCAAACUGACUUUCUUUUUUACUAAAACAAUUUCAAACUGAUUGAAAUGUAAAAAGUUAUGUGAAUGAUUUCUCUGACCGAUUUUUUUUUUUUCUGUCAGACGUCCACUAUAUUUCAAGACAACUGGUGUGCUUGGAUAUAAUUUAAUAAAAGACGGACAUAUUUAA